ACCGAUCUCCAUUACUUAGCAGAGGCCGUCUCAGAUUCACGUUUGAAUCAGAAGGGUUUAACUGUGUGUACGGAUGGAUGACGGGAAACGUCAGACCUUAAACUGACCUACUGAUACAACGUUUUUCUGAAGACUGACCAAAGCACACAAGGUGUUUGAUUGCUGAUGAGAUGGGUCUGGGUAAGACCGUGCAGGCCAUCUCUGUGGCGUACCUCUACAGGCACGAGUGGCCCUUGCUGAUUGUGGUACCAUCCUCAUUGAAGUACCCAUGGAUCGAGGAGUUGGAGCGCUGGGUGCCCGAGCUCCUACCUGAUGACAUCAACCUUGUGGAGAGCAAAUCCGACAUAACGGGGAUCAGUCAGAGUAAAGUGACCCUUCUGGGCUACGGGCUGCUCACCAACGACGCCCGAUCCCUAGUGGAAGCGCUAAACAGGCAGCGCUUUGGUGUCAUCAUAGUGGACGAGUCCCACUACCUGAAGUCCAGGAACGCAGCGCGGACAAAGAUCCUGGUGCCCGUGAUUCAGAACGCGAAACGUGCCAUCCUGCUCACGGGAACACCCGCACUGGGCAGACCAGAAGAGCUCUUCAUGCAGAUCGAUGCUUUAUAUCCAAGACGGUUUGGCGUGUGGAGUGAAUACGCCAAAAAAUACUGCAAUGCUCACUACAGGUUUUUUGGGAACAAGCGCCAGUGGGACUGUCGUGGAGCGUCUCAUCUGGACGAGCUGCACCAGCGUCUCAGUGAGAUCAUGAUACGCAGACUUAAGGCUGAAGUGCUCACAGAACUGCCGGCCAAAAUCCGCCAAAGGAUUCCAUUCGACCUGCCCAAAGAAGCAGCCAAGGAAGCCAGUUCCAGUCUGGAGAGGUGGGAGAGUUUAAUGCAUUCUCAGGAGUCAGGCAUGUCAGAGGACCAGAACCCAUUCACUGAGGUGAUGGGUCUCAUCACACAGAUGUACAAACAGACUGCAGUAGCCAAGGCGGGAGCAGUAAAGGACUACAUAAAGAUGAUGCUGGAGACGGAGGACCUGAAGUUUCUGGUCUUUGCUCAUCACCUCAGCAUGCUGCAGGCGUGCACAGAAGCCGUAAUCGAGGCUAAGGCCGGAUACAUGCGGAUCGACGGCAGCGUUCCCUCCGCCGAAAGGAUCCAGCUGGUCCAUCGCUUCCAGAACGAUCCAAAGACGCGGGUGGCUAUUCUCAGCAUCCAGGCGGCGGGACAGGGUCUGACCCUAACAGCGGCGUCUCACGUAGUGUUUGCCGAGCUGUACUGGAACCCUGGUCAUGUGAAGCAGGCCGAGGACAGAGCGCACCGUAUCGGCCAGACCUCGUCCGUGCACGUUCACUACCUCAUCGCGAAGGGAACGUUCGACAUGGUGAUGUGGGCCAUGCUGAACAGAAAGGAAAAAGUGACCGGCAGCACUCUGAACGGGAGGAAGGCUUACCUGAAGGCAGCGGAAGGAGAUAAAGAGAAAUGGGACUUCCUAAACUUUGCUCCAGCGUGGACGCCAAACGACAGCAUUACUGGCGAUGCCGGGGAUGAAAAAGACGGCGUCUUUUUCUCACACUUCGAGAGAGACAAACAGCACGAUAUCCGCUCCUUCUUCUCUCCAGCCUCGGACAAAAAGAGGAAGAGAACGGACGAGUCCACCGUCCCUGAUUCUCCUCACACUCCCUCACAAGACCAGCAGGCAUCCAAACAGAGCCCUCUCAGCUCCAGCUCAGAUUUAGCCAAUCAGGAGGGAGAUUGUUGUCCUCAGGUAAAACGUUUGAAACAGGCCACUCCGCUGUCGCAGCGUGGAGGGAAGAGAAGUUCUCUUAGCGCCCCUCGCAGACUUUCAGCAGGACUGCAGCCCUCCCGUCUCAGCCAGAAAUGGAGCUGCCCGAUCUGUACGUUCGGAAACAACGGCUUGAUGCUGCGCUGUGAGAUGUGCGAGACGCCACGAGCACAGAAAGCUUGCAGUCCUGCUGCGCCUCCUUCCCCUGUUCCGUCUCCCUCUGCUUCCAGCCCUUGCAUCACUCUCUCUGACUCCGAAGAGAACAGCGACUCCGGCAAAACACGCCAGAGUCCUGUUAGCACGAAGAAUCAGCCCUUAAUGAUGGAAGAAAUGAAAACGGAAUCACGUAGCAACUCUCCCGACGCUCCUUCUAAUGCUAAUGAUAGCUGUGGGUCUGAGCCGGCAGACGACUCUCUGGUCGUGUACGAAAGCCUGAACUUCUGCGCCAGCAAAAAUACAGAUAGGAUCUACAUUUACGACCAGGACGGCCUCCCACUCCACUGCAACUUUGUUCCGCUGGAUAUCAGACUGCAAAACUGGGAUGACUUACCUCCAGAGUUUAGUCGCACUAAGAACAGGAGACAUUUGAUGCGUUUUGUGCAUGAGUGGAGCUUUCUGACAGCAAUGAAGCAGAGAGCGGUGAGGAAGAGUGGUCGAGUGUUUCACAGUCCACUGAAGCUUGUGGAUGAACUAACAACCACGCAGCGCAGACACAGCAGCACCAAGAGGUACCUCUCAAAACAGGAAGUGGCUCAGACAUCCCUAAGUGCAGCCCAGAAAGAAGGAGGAAGUGUACGCGUCAUUAGCAAGGACAAGGGUUCCUCCUCCAAGAAAUCUACAGCCCAAUCACCGAGUCAAACGGACGGUGAGGCAGAAGCGAGGUAUUUGCAGGCUUUGGACUCGGGUGGCACCCCGCUGUGUUUGUCCUGCCAGAAGCCCAGCGUGGCGCAGACCGGCUGGGCAGGUGGAUUCUGCAGUGCCAGCUGCAUGGAGGAGCUGCAGCUGCGCUCUAGCCGCAGCUACGCCAGAUCCCGCGUACUCGAGACCGAGCAGGGCGUGUGCCAGAGCUGCGGCCUCGACGCCCGGCAGCUGUACCUGCGUGUCAGAGAUGCGCCGCACGCGCAACGCAAAGAGAUACUGGACAACACGUGGCUGGCACAGCUUCCUCUUAAGAUGCUCAACGAGAUAAUUCGUCAACCUGUGGAGGGACACUUCUGGCAGGUCGACCACAUCAACCCGGUGUACAGAGGAGGAGGACAGUGCCUGCUGGACAAUCUGCAGACCCUCUGCACAGUCUGUCACCGCAUGAGGACAGCAGAACAGGCCAAAGACAGAAGUCAGAUCAAGAAAGACCAGGCGGCGUCUAAACUGGCCUCGGACAUCACCAGAUUCUUCGUCAAAAAAUGACUCUGAUCCUUCAUAGUCAGGUUCAAGUAACAUGAACAAUCAGUGUCACAUUUUAGAGUGUGAUUAUUAUGGCUGCUGUAAAUCCACUGUUUAACUCAUGUCUGAGUAGAACUCUUAAUCAGUAUUAAGCUCCUAACAUUCCAGAUGUUUUCAUCAAUUGAAUACGGACCAUAAAAAUUGACAUCCUGGAUUUUAGAACCAGUAUUCCUAACAUAGUAGGUUUAAUUAUUUUCAUCUAAUAUUGAAUUUAAAAUAGAAUUUGCAAUGUUAGGACUUGAUCUUGAAAUCUUGAUGGAAAUUAAAAUUCUUACAUGUGUUGAGUCUCAGAUUGAUAUUUUUGUUUAUUUCCAGAUAAUCAGUCAAUUAUCAGCAAGGUAAUAGUCUGGAAUGUUAGGAUUUGAUGUUUGAUGAUGUUUGAUGCUAGACUGACUGGAAUGUCUACCGUUCAUUCUAGAAUAUUUGAUUGAUCUGAGUCAGUUGUUGAACAUUUGAAGUGUGAAUUUCUCUUCAGGAAAAGCUAGGUUAUUUUUUGUGCUAUGAAGAGAAGCAAGAGCAGGCUGGAAAAUGAGGGGAGAGAAAAGACAAAAAGCAGAGUGUGAAAGGACUGGCCUUUCUUAAAACGACCGACAAGCUCUUAGUCUAGCACUGCUGAGCUUCUUUGACGCAGAAAGUCGCGGCAUUUCUGCUUAGAUUUUUAACCUGUGCAGGACUUCAAGUGUAAAAGCACCCACUCCUUACUUUAUCAUUCUAUUUCCAUUGUCUUGACGGACAGGGACGAAGAAGCGCCACCCUAAUGAAUAAGUUUCGUAUACGUGCGCCCAAAGAACGAGGCCGAGAAAGAAUGCAAUCUUGUGAACAUGAUUAAAGAAGCGGCACAAGUUUUCAGUUUCAGCGUGCACCACCAGCUGGUGCUUUCUUUUGUUUUAAUUGAAAAAGUCAUACGGUUAUAAACCUGCGCCUUAUUUCAAUCCAUCACGCCGCUACAGGAACCGGUACGGCUCGUCGCCAUAGCAACGUGCCCCGAUGAUAGUCACCCAUGUUUAUGUGGAAGCUCGUACCACCGCGUUUCUGUUCAUAGGAAUUCUGUGAGACAAGUUGGCGACUUUCAUUUCACACGGGCAGCGGAAAUUUCCCAGAAGGACGUCAAAUCAAGUUUAUAACUUACACCAAAAAUCUUGUGAUUAUCACACCGCCUGUUCAUGCGUUUUUUGAUUGAUCAGUGUUUGAUUUAUUGGUGCUCGUAGCUGUUAAUGUCUUAAGACAAAUAAAGGGACAUUACACUGUAGAGUAGAUUUAUACAAGAUAAAUAAAGCAGUGCAGUGAGAUCUCAGAUUUCUGCUGUAAUAUGGGGUCAGUUCAAAGAGUUUUAGUAGUGAUCACUUUGUAUGUUGUUGAUUGAUUUUCCUUUUUGGAAAGGAGUUUGUUUGCGCAGCAUCAAAUAAUUAAUAAAAUGCUUUUCUGAUGCACA